AUGAAAUCAAUCUUUUCAUGUUUUGAUAGAGUAUCCCAAUGGAUUGAACAACAAACACAUGAUUGCUUUUAUUGGCUUGGUCUUAAGAUUGCCGAUUAUCCCAAAUGGACUCUCUUUAUCACAACGAUAUGGGCGGUUGUGAUGUGUGCUGGAGUGGUACGGUUUAAAGAAGUCAACAAUGUCAGAGACCAUUUCAGUGCAACAAACUCUCCAUCAAGAUACGAAUACCGGGUAGCGAGAGAGUUUUUCCAAGAACUUGGAAGCCCAUUCCACGUGGUUGUUGCUAUGCAAGCAACUGAUGGAGGAAGUUUGUUGAGACCUAAGUGA